AACAGUUAUGAAAUAGAUAAAGGUAUGUAAUAUGUCCUCUUACUACAUUUUUCAGAUAAACAACUGUGGCCGAAAAAUUUGAUUUCAUAAUAUAAUACGUACUGAGGCAACUAGAGUGGGAGAAUCAUUUUGGGCAUUAAAGCUUAAAUUGAAAUACGACGAUCAUUCUGCAUUGUGCUUUUGAAACUAUUGGAGUAGUUUUAUUCGGAAUAGUAAUUUAACAAUAUUAUUUCUGUGAGUAACAUAUGGCUUCUGCAUUUGUCGCGCUCCUUAUAGGAGCGUUCUUACUAUUUUGUUUUUAUUUGUAUUUGGUAUACAAUCAUUGGAAGAGAAAUGGAAUUCCAACUGCCAAAGGAUGUAUUCCAAUCGUGGGUCAUUUGUUACCCGUAGUAAUAAGAAGAAUGAAUCUUGCCGGACUUAUUCGUCAGAUAUACGAAGAUCACAAAGAUUACAGUAUGGUUGGAGUGUACAAAGGAAUAGUGCCAGCACUAGUUGUCCGAGACCCUGAGUUAGUGAAAACCGUGCUGCAAAAUAAUUUCUCCAGCUUUCACGAAAAUGGAUUUCAUGUCGAUCAACAUGCGGAUCCUCUUUUAUAUACAAAUCCGUUCUUCUGUUCCGGAGAUAUAUGGUCAACUGGAAGAAAACGUAUAACCUAUGCAUUUUCCAACGUGAGAUUGAAGAUCCUGUUUACAGCUAUUAGCGGGGUGUGUAAGAAAUUCGAAAAUUUCUUGAACAGACGACUAGAAAGGAACAGCAAGUAUGAAAUCGAAUUAAAAUCAUUAUUUUUAAAAUUCACUGGUGAAAUUGUGGCGAACGCUGGCCUAGGUAUCGAGGGUUACUGUUUCGAAGAUGAAUCACGUCCUAAUGCAUUCGAUAAACUUUCUGGAGAAGCAUUCGCCGAAUCGUUAUUAUCUAUAAUCAGAUUCCACUUUCCUAGUGUCAAUCGUUUUUUGAAGAUCAAAUUCCUGCCUAAACACGUGGAUAAAUUUUUCAGAAAGGUCGUCGCAGAAAAUUUGGAAGUUAGAAGAAGUGAAUCGAUACCUAGGAAAGAUUUCCUUCAAUUAAUGAUCGACAUGGAGAAAGCAGGAGAGCACAUCGCCGAAGAGAUUGUAGUAGCCCAUGCAGUUUCCUUCUACCUUGAUGGUAUCGAAACAUCCAGUGUCACCAUGAAUUUCGUUGGAUAUGACUUGGCUGCUCGUCCAGAGAUUCAAGAAAAAGUGAGGAACGAAGUGAUAUCUACGAUCGAGAAACACGGCGGUUUGACGUACGAGGCGUUGAAGGAGAUGACGUACAUGAGUCAAGUAAUUAGCGAAUCUCAAAGAUGUCACGCAGCUCUAGGUUUCAUGCAUAAAGUGUGCACGGAAGAGUUCGAGCUCCAAGGAUCCGAUGGAUUGACCUAUCGCGCGAAGCCUGGCACUGACAUAUUCCUAUCCGUUCACGGUCUGCACAACGAUCCCAGUUAUUGGGUCGAUCCAGAAGUUUUCGAUCCGGAACGAUUCAACGAUGAGAGAAAGCAAACUAUAGAAAAAAUGGUAUACCUUCCUUUCGGUGAGGGACCAAGAAUUUGCGUUGGAAUGAGAAUGGGUAUGCUACAGGUGAAGGCUUGUUUCGCUACUUUGCUGAGGAACUACAAAUUGGAAUUGUCACCAAAAAUGCAACUUCCAUUGAAAAUGUCACCGCAUUAUUUCCUAACGCACCCACAAGGUGGUGCUUGGGUAUAUAUCUCUAAGCUUUAAAGUUAUCGAAAAGCUUUUAUAAAUUUUUAUAUAUUUAUAUUUUUGGAUGUAUAAUACUACGAAGAUCAAUGUUUAUUUCUGUCACGUUGGCUAAGAAUUGUUAAGUAAAGACGUUUGUUAAAAGAAUAAAGAAAAAAUAAUUUUACGCGUAAUAUAUUCAUCACUACACUACUGCUUCUUUUAAUCGGCAAAAAUAACAUUAUCAUGACAGCGA